AUGUUCUGGCUCGUCCAGCUCGAGGUGUCGCUCUGCGAGGACAUGUUCGGCUCCCUCGACGGCAAGACGUCCCUGGCCUACCCCGCGAUCUGGCCGCGGCCGCCGACGGAGGCGCUCCGGAGGCUGCUGCCCAACGUCGCCCACGAGUGGUGCCGGAAGACGGGCGUGCGCUGGCUCGUCGCCCGCGCGGGCCUCGCCGCGGGCGUCGUCGCGGCGGCCGCGCCGCCGCUCCGGCCCGCGGCGACGCCCGCGUUCCUGGUAAUAUACGCCGUCGAGUGCUACUGCUUCUUCGUCAAGUUCGGCGCCCACAUGCACUUCGCGCCCCUGCUCCUCGCCUGGGGCACGCACGUCGUCGACCGGCGCGCGAGGUACCGGGGUUUGUUUUUGUUGUGCGUCGCGGCGCAGACCUACGCGUCGUCCGGGUUCUGGCGCGGCCUCCAGUUCUACCGCACGGGCGUCCCCGGCGACGUCGUCGAGGGCACCUACGGCGUGUCCCUGAAGCACUUCACGACGAACCUCUUCGGCAUGGCGCCGCGGCUGCGGGCCCGGGUCCUCGCGUGCUCGGAGCGAUUCCUCGGCGCUUCGUUCCUCGCCGUGACCCUGGCCUUCGAGGGCCUCGUCUGGGUGCUCGUCGUCGGCCUCGAGGUCGCCCUGGUCGCCCUGCCGCCGGGCGGACGCCGCGACGCCGCGGCGGCGUGCCAGGCCUGG